GGGAAAAAACGAAAAUGCAUUUUCUGGCCUUACUAAUACUUAUUUGCUCUUUCUCCACUGCGGAUGCCUCAGGAUAUUUUAAACUUGCUUGGAUCAGUUUAGGAGCAGCUUCUGCUAUUUCUGCUGCCCAAGGUUUUAUUGCUGCACUUGGAUUCACAGCUGAUGGAAUAACAGCGGGUUCUUGGGCAGCAAAAUUGAUGUCAAUCGUCUCAAGUCUCAAUGGAGGAACAGUACCAUCUGGAAGUAUUGUGACCACACUUCAGUCCAUUGGUACUGCAGGAUUUGCUUUAUCUACCAUGGUCUUGUUGGGAGCUGUGGGUGCCCUCAUUUCUAUCAUCAUCGGUAUUAAACUAGCCCACACCAAUGACUUGCAUACAAUGAAGGCAGUAAAGUUCUCCCCGGCUCAUGAUGAAAUGGAAGUGUGCGUAGGCCUUUUAAAGGAUGAUUAUGAUGGGACCAUGGAGCGUACACUUUUCAUCUGUUGA